AUGGGAGACAUUCAAGAUGAGACUUGCGCAUUUGAAAGAAGCCAGUUUGAUAACCCAACUUAUCGUUUAGUAAUGUCUACUAUGUACUCUACUGUAGCACUGGUAACAACAGUUUUAAAUUCUCUGAUCCUAUUCUCCAUCUGGAAGACACCAUCCCUUCACAAACCUUCCUACAUCUUGAUUGGAAGUCUUGCUCUUUCUGAUCUCCUCUUCGGAGCCGUUGGAGAACCACUCAUGGUCAUUUAUAAUAUUGUUGCCUUAAGAGGCUCGUCAAUAAAUAUUUCUUGUCUACUCUUAAAAUGCGCUACAUGUGUGCUUAUCGCAUUCAGCGUCAUAUCUCUGGUAACUCUGACGGUCAUAGUCCUGGAUCGUUUGCUUGCAGUCAAGUUAAGGAACCGAUAUCAAAGUGUGGUCACUCAAAAACGUGUACUGUACAUAUUACUGACAUUGUGGAUCAUAUCGUGUGUUAGUUUAGCAGCAGUGUUUGGUAAAGCAAGUUGGAAUGAUGAAACUUCGUUAGCUUUAAUUCUAUUCUGCGGAGUUGGAAUGCUUGUUUUGGUUUCAACUAUCACCGUUUGCUAUUCAAUGGCAUUCUACAGCUUACGAAAGAUCACCUCGUCCUUAGUAUCUCCAAGUGUCCAAAACGCAGAAGCAGGUGCACGUCCAAGUUGCAACAUUGAUGUCGCCAAAUACAGAAAAUCUCUUACCACUAUGUUUGUUGUUUUUAUUUUUACCAUUUUAUUUUAUGCGCCAUUUAUUUGCACUUUAAUUGCUUUUUCUGUUACAGCUGAUCAACAACUCUCAUCACUGGUAUAUUUAGAAAUCAGGUACGUGAGUGUUAGUGUAGUCGAGUUCAUCGCGCUACUUAACUCAGCAAUGAAUCCUCUUCUGUACUUGUGGCGCAUUCGCGUCAUUCGAGAAGCAGUGAAGACCAGUAUUAAAACAGCUUUUAAAAUUUUCUAA